AUGAGUUGCACCACUGAUAAGCUAAUACAAAAGUAUGACGCCCUUGUUAGGAAAACUACCGAACAUAAAUUCGCUAAGGAACUAUGUGCAGGCACCUUAAAGGAUCGUAGUUUGUACAUCUAUUUAACACAAGAUCUGCAAUUUUUUGAAACUAGCCUAAGGUUAAUAUGUAAGACGACUUCGUUAGCUCCAACUACUCAUGCCUUAAUUACCUUAGCCAAAAAAAUUGGAUUUUUUUCUAACGAUGAAAACUCAUACUUUCAUGACUGCUUAGAAUUAUUGGCGCCAUCGCUCACCAAGGAAGAGAGGGCCAAGUAUGACAAUAAAGCGAUUCCUGGAGUUGAUGCUUAUAUCAAUUUCUUAGAUGAACUGAGAAAAGACAACUCAAUUACAUGGUCAUCCUUAGUAACUAGCUUAUGGGUUGCUGAGGAACUCUAUUGGAGAUGGGCUCGUGAUACUCCCAGAGCCCCAGGUUUGCACUGGAAGUACCAAAAAUGGAUUGAUUUACAUGAUGGUGAGCACUUUCAAACUUGGUGCGAAUUUUUGAAGGCUGAAGUUGACAAAUUUCCCGUUGAAGAGGUUGAGAGGAUAUUUGCAAAGGUCUCACAAUUCGAGUUUGAGUUUUUUGAAUCUUGUUACAACGCUUAA